GCAGUUUGGACUUACUCGCAACCCUCUACUGCGCAUGCCUACGUAAGAGCGUAGACUCGGAAGUAGCGGUGACCCUGUUCGCAUGGAAGAAACAUGGCGCUGUCAGUGAGGUCACUGCGACUUAUCCAGCACCGGCUCGGUUUUUCGCCACCAGUUCGGCUGCUUACAGACGGAGAACCUACAAAAUUCCAGCCUCCUCCAAAACCAGUUAUUAUCGAUAAGACCAAGGCUAAAGAGUCUCAGAGAAGGUUUCUGAGCCCAGAGUUUAUUCCUCCGAGAUGUAGAAAAGAUCCUUUCAAAUUCCAUCUGGAGAGAAAAGACAUGAUUGAAAGGCGGAAGGUGUUGGAUGUUCCAGAAUUCUAUGUAGGAAGCAUUCUCGCUGUGACCAUGGCAGAUGCAUAUUCCAGUGGAAAAAGAAACAGAUUUAUGGGAAUAUGCAUUCAGCGGUCAGGGAAAGGCCUCGGUGCCACAUUUGUGGUCAGAAAUGUAAUUGAAGGCCAAGGUGUGGAGAUGCGCUAUGAUCUGUACAGCCCCCGUAUUCAGGAGAUUCAAGUGUUGAAGUUAGAAAAAAGACUGGACGACAACCUAAUGUACUUGCGCGAUGCUCUUCCUGAGUACAGUACCUUUGAUUUCAACAUGAAACCAGCCAUUAGCUUGUCAGAAGGGGAGGUGCCUGUCAACCAGAUGAAAGUCAGGAUGAAGCCAAGGCCUUGGUCAAAGCGAUGGGAGAGACCCCAGCACAACAUCCAAGGAAUUCGAUUUGAACUUUAUCUUACUGAGCGUCACAUUGAGGCAGCGAGAAAGCUUGCAAAGCCAUGGGAAGAGUUUGAUAUGCUGAAAGAAUAUGAUACAACUAAGAUCGAACAGAAAAUAUGGGAAGAAGUAAACCAAGCAACGAACAGGCCUGAAGCACCCUAGCCCAAAGCUUGACUAAUGUAAUAUAUAAAUAAAUGUAGUUCAUUUGAAUAAACGUACAGUUUUUGCAUUAA